AUCCUCCUGUUUUCUGAAUUUCAGGGUCUAAUUUCAAAAUCAAUUACCUGUAAUACAUUUUUUAAGAUAUUAAAAAUGAAACGAAUGAUACCCCGACAAAAAUUUCGUAAACAUAUGAAGAAAGGAUUGCAUAAAAAAUUGAAGCUUUCAAAUAAAGUGGAGAUUCUAGUCUGGCUGGAUUAUCUCAUUUUUCUACAAAAACUUAUCAAACAAUCUGAACAAAUUGCCAAGUAAAACAGAUCGAAACGAGUACUACCAAGCAUGAUUCGUAAUGCCGGAGAUCAUCUCUUAGACUAGUGAAUGUCAUCUCCAAAAUAACGUCAUCAAAAAAUGAUGUCAAUCAAGACCGUUCAAAACGAAUCGAAUGUCAAUGCAAAAUUGAUUGUACUCAAAAAAGUGAAUUCUCAAUUUUAUGGAUAUUUCAAAUUUUUUUUUUUAAAAGUGUAUAACUUCAGGAAUACCAUUCUUCAGACAGAUUUUUUCAUUGGAAUAGGGGUUAUUUCUUUUCCCCGGAACUAUGUCUGUAUUAAUAUUACCUUGAAAUGACUUUUUGGGAUCCUUGGAUUCUGCAAGAAGAUGUUACUUGCCUGCCUUGCUGUAUACAAUUAUUGUAAUUUAUAAUUGAAUGUUCUCUGAAUUUUUAUGUAUAGCUACAUCCAAUUGACUAUACGUGAAAUCCGAUAGUAAUUUAUUUAAUUUUAACUAUAGCCAUGUGAAAACUUGAACAUUUUGAAACUUGGAUAAAAUACUAUGAAGUAUUUUGUGUCUCGAUGUACUACUAUGCUGCUAUGUUUAACAUAUAUUAAUAUUUUUUGAAAGUAUUUUUGUAACAAUUUGUGUUUUUGAUUUACCUCUACUGCCAAGUAUUUAAAACUAGGUUAUUUUUUAAAUAAAUUAUCUUUGGUAUAACCAUGUCUACACAAUGCGUGAAGUGUGAAGAAGGAAAGGCCAUAAUUUUAGUGGGAACUAAUGGCAGUUUUUGCAAAGAAUGCUUCUUGAAAUAUUUCACGCACAAAUUCAGAGCUGCACUGGGUAAACAUCCUGUUGUCCGAUAUGAUGACAAAGUUGCUGUUGCUUUUUCAGGAGGAUUGAAUUCCAGUGCUAUGCUACAUGUUUUACUAGAGUCUCUGUCACCUCUUUCGUUCAAAAGACUAAAAUUCCAUCCUGGUAUUGUAUUUGUUGAUGAAACUGUUUUAUUGCCUGAAGAGAAAAACUAUGAAAUUUAUUUGAAUGAGAUCGAAUCUAUAAUGAAAGCAUCUGGGCUACCAUAUCACAUUGUGAAACUGGAAGAGAUUUUGUCUAUCAUCGAUGACACUGUGAUUGAAAAUAAUGAUGACACAGCACAAACUUGCAAUCUUAGAGAACUUUUCGAUUCUAUAAAAAGUAUAACAAGUAAACAAGAGCUGCUUUACCGACUAAGGUGUAAAUUGUUAACAUACAAGGCAAAAGAGCUUGGUUAUCAACAUAUCUUUCUUGGAGAAACAAGUUCAAGGCUUGCAAUUAAUAUUUUGUCCAACAUUGCGCAAGGACAAGGUGCUCAUUUAUCAUUGGACACUGGUUUCACAGAUAAUGGAAGAUAUUUAGGAAUCAAUUUACUUCGACCAUUGAGGGACAUAGGCGCUAAAGAAAUUGCAGUAUACACGAAUAUUAAUAAGAUUCAGAGUGUGUUUUUGCCAAAUUUUUCCACAAAAGUUCCAGCUACUUCUAGUAUUCAACGACUUACUGAAGAUUUUAUUGUUUCACUCACAUCUGAUUUUCCUGCCACUGAAACUACUGUCUACAGAACUUCAAAUAAAUUAGAGAUGAUGAAAAAUUCGAAAAAGGAAGAAAACAAGGACACAAAUGAAAACUGUUUUCUAUGUUGUGGGCCACUUGAUACACAGAUCAAAGAAGACAAUGCUUCUGCUUUACAAGCAAUUGAAUUUACUGAAAACUUGAGUAAUGGAAUAUUUGGUACUGCUGAAAACCCACAUCUACCUCAUGAUCUGAAAAGUACGAGCAAGUUACCACAGUCUGAUUCUGGCGACGAUUAUUGUGAAACACAAGAAAAAACAAUGGUGAAUUUGUGCCACUCUUGUAAAAUAUUACAUAAAGAUGUGAAUACUGAAGUUAACUUCGAUCCUAUUUUUGAACACUUAUUUAAAAAUUCUUCUAAAGUUACGAACGAAGAAAUGCGCAAGCAACUUGAAGAUGUGUUACUGGAUUCUUGAUAAUCGUGCAUUUUCAUGCUAAUUAAAGAUGGAUCCUGAAUCAAAAUUAAGCCCAAAUGCCUAUAUUUUCGAAUUUGGAUAGUUCUGUGUGUCAGGUAGCUUUGAGGAAUCAGCUUCUAUUAGUAGAUAUUUCUCAAAACUAGCGGUAAAAAAAUAUUACGCUCUCUGCCAAAUUUCGGUUUGACAUAUCUUCUUUGUUUUAUUAUCACAUUUCAAAAUCAUUGAAAACCAAACAGCCAUUCUCGGUUGUAUGAGUAUGAAUUUCAAAUUGCCACAUGUUGGUGCAAUUUUACAAAAUUGAAACGGCACAAUGGAACUGAGAAAAUAUAACAAAUGAAUACAAAAGUUAUAUCUGCCUGACAUACACUUCUACUUCUGUCUUCAUCUUGUAAAAUGGCCCGCUUCAUGUUCAAAAAUUCUACAUGUUCAGGUAUUUUGAAGUAAAAUUGGUAUAAACUGUAAAUUUGUUGGUUACUCAUGUAUUUUUUUAAGUAGCCGUGUCAAUGUCAUACAUUACCGUAAUUGUUUCAAGAUGCUUGAAUAAUAAAAAAAAUAGCCUGUGGACAUGAAAUCAAUUGGAAAAUAAUUAACCUACCUUUUAUUCUAAAAGGACGAUUGAGGUCAAAUGAUAGUUGAGGAACAAAGUUAAAGAUUCAUUAUAUUUGCUUUGCUGUCAAUAUAUUCCUGUUAAGACUUGAUUGUCAUUGAUUAGAGCAAGAGUAGUAUAUUGCAAAACUGCUACAACAGCUUUUACUUUAUUGCUCUAAUAAUAUUUACUUUGACAUUUUAUGAUGAUUGCACAGUGCACAUUGCGUGUAAGGUACAAUUUUACUUAUCAGCAUUUUAUUAAUGAAGCUGAUAGUGAUAGUCCGCAAAAUUAAUAGGUAAAAACUGUGUGACUAGGGCAGUUCUGUUGAACACAGUACUUACGAUUUUUAGCGUGGCACAUAGUACAAAGUAGACUAAAUUUUAAGUAUGUGCCAUACCAUAGUAUUCCCUCUUGAGCCAUAAAUAAGUAGUACUGUUUUGAACACAAGCAAUAUUGGAUUACAUCGUUUAUCCUAGACCCAAAGUUGAUUAACAAUUUCUGGCGAGUAUUUUUUGAUAUAUUGAUAGUUUAUGUAAUCAUGAAAUUCAUUGUAAGAGUCAAUUGAUUAGGAUUGUGAAAUGCAUCCUUAUUUGUUUGGUAACAUACUACACUACACUACAGGUGGUUAAAUGAAUUUUUAGAUACUGAAGGCUGGAUAAUGCACUCAUAUUUUGUGGGAUGGAAAUUGUGCAUCAAAAAAGGUUUUUGUUUGGUGUGAAUAGGCAAUUCAAUUGGUAUACAGAAAUGUAUGGAUAUGAUAGGUUAGGUUAUAAUAUUGAUUUUCACUUUUUAACAUUUCAAUAAAUAAUACCGCUUCAAUGUUUUACUUCCUGUGAAUUUUAAUAAUCAGUGGGCGUAUGAUAAACUUCCUUGAUGGCUUUUGAGGAUAUACGCAAAUUUUAUUAAGUCAUAUCAGGACUAUUACAGAGGUUUCAUAUUUGGUGAUAUCAGAAGUACCUAUAUAUCAUUCGGCAAUGGGGUUCUAACUCAGGGUAUGUUUGUUUGAACGACUUUUGUUAGUGUUGCAGAAAUCAGCAAUAUUCAAGCAAAAAAAAAUCAUUGUUUUGUAAAGCAGGGGCGUAGCCAGAAAUAAUUGAAGGGAGGGUAGUUCUGAAAUUUGUA